AUUAUAACCUAAUUUUAUCUGUCAAAUUUUAUAAAUUUACUGUCAUAUGUAUAAAUAUUAUCAUUUAUAUACAUUUGUGGUGUAAAUUGAAGUUAUUUUAGUGGAAUUCUUAAAUUUUCUCAAAAUGGCAGCUAUUGAAUUGUUAGAAGAUAGAGUUAUUGAAUUGGAAAAAAAAAUAUAUGGACUUGCAAAGAAAAAAGAAAAUACAUUGGAAAAUCCUGUGAUAGAUAAUAUCUUGCAUGUAAAUACAUUGGUUUCCUCUGCAAUGUCAGGAAGAGAAAAAGCAAAUCUAAUGAUAAAGCGAUUACCAGAAUUAAAUACUUAUUUAGAUCCAAUAAUUGAAAGUUCAGAAAUUCCUAUAGAGGCCAAGCUUCAAUUAUUGUUAGCAAUGGCAUCAGAAAUAAAGCAAAAUCAUGAAAUGUUAAAACAAGUGCAAGAAUUAACACCUGUAUUAGAGACUGAUCGUCUAAAAAAUGUACCAGAAUUAACAAACAAACUCAAUGAUUUGAAUUUAUCAUAUCUUAAAUUAUACGAAGAUACUCAAGGAUUAAAUAAUCAUAUAAAUGAAGUGUUUUCCAAAUAUAAUGAUGUAAUAACUAGUAUUUCUGAGUCAUUAAUUACUAUAGAUGCUAUUGUAACAACAGCUGAAAUUGCAGCAAUGCCCAAGAAACAAUUAGAUUAAGGAUUUAUUGUGUAAAUAACAAAGAAUUAUUUAUUGUAUAAAUAACAAUAAAAUUAUUUAUAUUUAAAAUAA